CAGACUGGGCCUCAAAUUGAACUCGAAGCGCGCAGUGGCGGUUCUUGACACGCCGACUCAAACAACGAGAAGGAAAAAAAGAAGUGUCACGUUCGAAACCUUCAUCUACCAUGACUCAAUUCAAGAUUAUGUCCACGGCGGCCGACGAUGGUUGUCAAGAAAAGUCGGCGGCCGGAACCAAGACCUCAGACCAAAUUAGAUCACGAGCACCCCUGGAUGUGAAAGUACCUGUUAUCGGCAUCAUUGGAGGGCCUGGAUCUGGGAAAGGGACGCAAUGUGAGAAACUCGUCAAAAAAUACAGCUUCACGCACAUUUCAACCGGUGAUCUCAUGCGAGAGGAAGUGAAGGCAGGAACGAAAAUCGGUAAACUUGCCGCAAAAUGCAUGGAAGAAGGACGUCUUGUCGAAAGCAGUGUGGUUCUAGAUGUAUUGAGAGCAAAGAUCCAGAAGGAACUGCCCACGAGCCCGGGUUUCAUUUUGGAUGGUUAUCCACGCUCUCUUGAUCAGGCAGCAGCUUUCGAGCAAUCUAUCUGUCCGAUCACAGCCUACAUCUACUUGAAAGUCAGCGACGAGGCAAUGCUGAGACGCUUGGUGAGCCGUGGGAAGAAGAGUGGUCGUGCCGACGAUAAUGAGGAGACGGCAAAGAACAGAAUCGCCAUAUUCUACAAACAAACGCAGCCGAUUGUCUCGGAGUACUCGGGAAAACUCACCAGCAUCGUCGCUGAGGGAAGCAUCAACGAGGUACAUUCCGUGGUGGACGCCGCUUUCAGCAAACUCAUAUCAAAUGGUAGUAGGAAUGUUGUUUGACGCACAAAUAGGUGUUCUUCGAAUUGUUCGUUGUCGAAAUGAGCUGUAAAUAAGCGCAGAAAGAAACAAAAUUCAGACACAGUCGAAGAA